GUGUGUUGUCAUUUAUGUGUGGUGACCAGAUUCUGUUGCAGAACAAACUGGUUGUUCACACUUAAAUGCCAGUUUUUCUUUUUCUUGAACAAGUAACUGCCGAAUUCUUGUUCUAUUCUAGGUCUUAUAUUGGAGCAGACAUAUGUGGUGUGGCAUGAACAGAAGCCCAAACUGGAUUCUCACUGACCCUUAUAGUGGAACUUCUAUAUAAUGGAACUCCCACAUGAUCUACAAAAAAGGAACUACAAUUCAAAGGGAAAGAGAGAUGAAAGCAAGUUUAAGCUGAGGGACUGGGCCGAAGUGCUUGCAGAGCAAAAAGCGGCUGAACGAGAGCAAAGUGCUCAGGAGGAGGUUCGGAAGAUGAAUAAGAAUGGCGAUGUUGGCGCAGUUGAAUUGGCGGAAUUGGCAGAAAAACUGACAUCUGCUCAAUAUGGCAUUAAAAAAGUGGAUAAGAAUAGGGAUGUAGUUGUUGAAGAGCAAAAAGUGUCAGAACAAAGAAACAUACAUGAAGUGGAUAAGGAGAUGGAUAAAAAUGUUGAAAAGUUUCAACUCAAAAACUGGGAUAGAGUCAUUAUGGAACAAAUGGCACUUGACUUCCAUCAGAAUGGGUUCGUCAAGUAUGACUUGAAAAAUGAGUUAUUCUCUUCCCCCCCCCCCAUUAUAUCCGCAUGAUAGAAGAGUUCCAAAUAUGGAAAAAUAAGAAAUGGGUUUAAUGAGACCGUUUCUGGCAGACACUAAUGGGAUCAUCGUUCAAUUUUUAUGAAACAUGAUAACGGUACUGACUGAAAGAAAAAAUGAUCUAAUGAAACAUUUGGUUCCUGAACAGGACAUUUUGUUCAUUGAACUGAAUUGUAAAACUCCGAAAACUCUGCAUCGACAAUAAUGUAGUGAUUUUCAUGAGAGAACUAACACACACACAAACUUUCGUGCAAUGUUAGUAUAUUCCCACAACCUGUGAUUUAUCUGAUUAUGUUUUAAGCCCGAUUUGGAAAAGACCUAAUUUUGACAUAAAAAAAAACUAGUUCAAUUGCAGGACAUUUUGUAUAUUGAGCUGCGUGUAAAUUCUCUACGGACAGCGUUUCAAAAUGGUGUCUAACCCAUUGAACUAUAUAAUGUAUGUGGUUAGAAUUACCGUUAAAUGCAGUGGAAUAAAAUACUCUAUUUCGUAGUCGAGAUUUGGCUCUUGAGGAGGACAUUUUGCUUCUUGAGCCGUAUUGUAAACUUUCUGAGAUCUCUACGUAAACAAUUCUAAAGGAUGGCUAGCUAGCACAAACUUUUUAUUACGUGCGUAGUUAAGAUUCCAAGAAUGUGUAUAAUUUAUAGCUCAGUAAUGGACAUAACCUAAUUUUGAGGCAUUCUCAAUUGUGACACAAUUCCGAUUUUGACAGAAUCCAAGUUUGACUUUAAAAAAGUAGCUCAAAAGCAGGACAUUAUGUUUGUUGUGCUGCAAGUGAUUAUUCUGUACGCACAGUAUUGUAAAGAUUAAGAAUUUCAAAAUAAUUUAUGCUUAAAAUUUCCAUAAAAUGUAAUCUAAUAGAAAAUAACUUAUAUCGCAAUAAAAGU